AUGAUCUUCGCCGCCCGCCAACUUCAGGAGAAGUGUCAGGAGAUGCAGACUCACCUGUACUCUACGUUCGUGGACCUAACGAAAGCCUUCGACACGGUGAAUCGUGAAGGACUGUGGAAGAUCAUGCAGAAAUUCGGCUGUCCGGAGCGAUUCACUCAGAUGUUGCGUCAGCUGCACGAUGGUAUGAUGGCGCGAGUCACUGACAUCGGAGCUGUCUCAGAGGCAUUCGCAGUGACCAAUGGAGUGAAGCAGGGCUGCGUACUGGCACCUACCCUCUUCAGUCUUAUGUUCUCUGCCAUGCUGAUGGACGCCUACCGCGACGAACGCCCCGGGAUCCGCAUCGCCUACAGUACGGACGGUCGCCUCCUGAAUCAACGGCGGAUGCACUUCCACUCGCGCGUAUCCACAACCACCGUUCACGAACUCCUCUUCGCCGACGACUGCGCCCUGAACACCACCUCGGAAGAGGAGAUGCAACGGAGCAUGUACCUGCUCUCCGCCGCCUGCGAGAAUUUCGAUCUGGUCAUCAACACGCAGAAGACGGUGGUGAUGCAUCAACCGCCACCCAACUCUGCCACACCCCCCAACGAGCCGCAAAUCAGCGUGAACGGAACCCAACUGCAAGUGGUGGAGAACUUCCAGUACCUGGGCAGUACUCUCUCCCGCAACACCAAGAUCGACGACGAAGUCGACAACAGGAUCGCGAAAGCCAGUCAAGCCUUCGGUCGCCUCCAAAGAACAGUUUGA